GAUUAAAAUUUACAUAUUUAUAAGUGUUUAUUUCGAUAUCAAGACAUAAUAAAGUUAUGAUAACCUUAUGCCGAAAUUAUGUACUUCAGAAAAUCUUUUUUUAAUUUUAUAAAAAAGUAUAACGUCUUGUAUCUAAAUUUUAAACAACAGCAACAAAAUUUACAUUUGUAUUAUGUAGAUAAAAAUUACAUCUCUCCUUUAAUUUUAACAAACGUAUCACAAUAUUCAAGUGAUAGUUUGUCAAAAUGUUGGAACUGCAAUUUUGUAUAUAAAUCUGACUUGUUUUGCUCCAAAUGCAAAGUAUUACAAGAACCACCUGAAAAUUUAACUUAUUUCGAUAUAAUAGGAGUCCCGAAAAGUUAUGACGUUAAUGUUACGGAAAUUCAAAAAAAGUAUAAGGAGCUCCAAAAACUGCUACAUCCUGAUAAAUUUGGUACCAAAUCUGAGAAAGAAAAGCAAUUUUCUGAAACCCUAUCAUCAUUAGUGAAUAAUGCUUAUAGCACAUUAAUACAUCCACUAAAAAGAGGAUUAUACAUGUUAAAAUUAAAUGACAUAACAAUAUCGGAAGAAACGGACAAUAUGAAUGCAGAAUUUUUAAUGGAAAUCAUGGAGAAAAAUGAAGAAAUAGAAGAUGUUGGAGAUGACGUAAAGAAAAUAAAGAAGCUAGUACAAGAGAAUGAAAUUAUGCUAAAUAAUUUAACAAAGGAAGUAGCAGAUGCAUUUCGACAGAAAAAUAUCAAAAAGGCAGAAUCACUUCUUAUACGAAUGAAAUAUUAUGAUAGUAUAAAUACCAAAUUAAGAAAAUUAAAGCAUGAUCUAGGUAUAAUAGAAUGAACAUAAUUUUUAGUAUCAUAUAAAACAUUUGUAGUAUAACAUAUACAUUAAUUUUUAUUUUACAUUUUAAUGUGAAAAGU